ACCGCCUCCCGCCGAAGCCUUCCAAGACCACCCUUAACCAUGGCGACGGAGACUCCGAGGGCGCAAACCAAUACUGCUUUUGAGCAGUUCGAAAAACCAUCGCCCAAUGUGGUCCCCAAGGGCGAAGACGUCGAGCCCAAACGCCGGUGGUGCUGUAGCCAGAAGGUCUGGGCCAUCACGCUCAUGGUUGUGGGCUCUCUGACUGCCAUUUUAGGCAUCUUGUACGGCACCGCUUUGCCCGCGUACGUCAACAAGGCCGUGAAGGACGAAGUUGUGCAUUGUUCCGACUCGGAGGUGGCAAAGGAGAGCUAUCUGGACCCGUACGGAGAUUGCGAUGACUGCUCGCCCUACUACGUGUCCGUGUACAUGCUUAAUGCCACCAACGCCGACGAAUAUCUCGCCACGAACGCCAAACUGAAAGUCCAAGAGAUGGGACCCUACGUCUACCGCCGCCGCGAGAUCAAGCUGGACGUGACUCUAUCGGACGACGCCUCCACCGUCACCUACAAGACAUACACAUACCACACGUACGAGCCCGACAAGAGUUGCGACGGUUGCUCCGAUACAGAUGAAAUCGUGAGCUUCGACACCGGUUACUUCAGCAUCAUUGCGGCCACCGGCGGCGAGUUUAAUCUGCUGGCUAGUAUUGCUGCUCAGUCCUUCGCCUCAAAUUCAACCUUGAGUGAGAUCCAAGAGAUCAUCAGUGAGUACGGCGAGCAGAUAAUGCGGUGGAUGAACGGCCUCAAUUCGUUGGACCCCGCAGCCAUGAAGACGGUGACCAACAACAACACCGUGCUGACCUUCCUAGCCGCCGGCCCGGAGGCCAUCGCCGGCCUGGAUCUCUCCGGGUUCGUUUACAGUGGCCUCUUCGUCAAGCGCACAGCGUCGCAGUGGGCCUUGGGCUAUCCAAGUAUGUUGGCCGGUCUCAUUCUGGGCUCCAACUACCUCAACACAUGCGUGCCCACCAUGAACGCCCAGUGCGCGUCUUGCAGUGGAGACGAGUGUUUGUCCAUUUCAGCUGCCUGCUCCCAAUGUACGAAGGGUGCUGCUCUUAUGGCGGUGAACACCGUCACUUGUAGUAUCAUCGAAUCCAUCUAUGCUGCUGAGUACGGUGAGACGGAAGCUGCCAGUUUUGUUGGUACCACGUGCAAUUUGUGUGAAAAGGUGGGGCUCUGUGCUGCUCCUCUGCCAGGUGUCGCUGAGAGCUCCGGCUUAGACUACUCGCAAGCUGCACCCGACGCAUCGUCACUCCUAGACUACGUCAAACGUACAGGAUGUGACGAUCCGACCAAGAUCGGGACGUACGUGGAGUACAACGGCCUCACCGUCGCACCUGUGUGGGUGGAUCUGGGCGAACGGCGUAACCCGACGCUGGCUGAGCUCACUGCGUUCUCCAGUUACGCCAACUGUGCGUCUCCUGUCGCCAACGUUACGUGCUUUGAAGUAUCGGGUACCGACGGUGCGGCACUCAAACCUGGAGGGGUCACCAUCAGCGGCAUGGCUAAACACACUACCGCCGACUCCUUCAACUCGUACACGGGGUCUAUCAAGGUCUACACCACCAUCUCGAGUAUGGACACGGAAGUCGACUUCAACGGCGUGUCGCUGCAUCGCUUCGGCACACCGAGCGACACCUUCAAUUACACAGACGAGAACGCCAAACUUGGCACGGGUGUCCCCGUUGAUGGGUUGCAUCAGUUGAGCUUCGUCACGGGUUUCUUGACUUACAUGUCUGGCCCGUUCUUCAUCUUCAGCAACACAUCACUGCUUGAUGCUGUGGAGAUGACCAACACCAACGGCACGGUGGUGACGGCUGACUACAUGUACGAGUCGGACGGAAGUCUCGUUGAGAGCUUACACAGUGCGUACGGCACAUUCGUCGACAUAGAGUCGGGCACGGGACAGACAAUGAGCGCUCGGAAGCGGUCUCAGAUCUCGUACGCUGUGGCUGCCUCGAGUGUCGUGCCCAACGCGUCCAUGAGCGACUUGGUGUGGCCGACGCUGCCGACGGAAGUGGUUCUACCCACGUACUGGGUGGAGGAGGCAGGCGAAGCCAAGGACAGCGUGCUGGACACGUUCAAGAGCACGCUCACUCUCGUCAAGACGUUCCUGCCGGGCCUCAUCGUGCUAAUCAUUGUCGGCGUCCUUGAGGCUGCAGGAGGAUUCUUCCUGUGGCGUCGAUACAAGCAGAAGCUCGAGGUGCUGCGCUAUGGCAGCGUCAUAUGAGCAACGGCUAUUGAGGGAGGAAGCGAACCCACGUAUAUCUUCAUGUAAGCACAUGCACAGUCUACAGUAAUAAGUUUGAAAAUAUACCUCACUUUUGUCAAUAGAA